CCAACAGGAGUAAUGUCGAGCUGUUAGACCAGACAAGUGGUGUCUCCUCGCUGAGCGAGACCACGAAUCCAGCUUGCGCAUUUGCAUGGGUGACGAUCUGGAACAUGCUUUGCGAGAUAUCCAAGGGAAGACUCUACAUGGUCGCCCACGACUUCGAAUUGCAGAGCUUCCAAGAAAUUAUGGCUGAGAUCAUGCCUUAUGAGGCUCGUUGGGCACGUCACACGCAGGACAAAACGAUAUGCCAGGUCCAGCACUUCGUCGCAGACACACUGGCAGUGGUUGGCGACAUGAUCUACCUGCACCAGAGUGAGGAUGCUCCGCGGACGUUGUUCGAGGCCACAUCAAGGUUACGUUCGCCGCAUCCAGGACCUUGGUUGUCCAGAAUUCUCGCGUAGAUGAGGACGAGUGAUGCUCGAUUAGAGGCAGCCGCAGAAGAGCAAUAU